AUGCAGUGGGUCAAGUCCCUGCUGCUGUUGAUGCUGGGGCUCAUCCCCCUCCGGGAGGGGGCAGCUCAGAUAACCCCCAAAGCAGAGGAUCCUGCCCUUUGCCAUCCUCUGGAGAAUAAUAGCAUAAGGGUUGACAUUCGCAACCUCCAUCAAAACCAGGGUGUUCCCAUUUCACACGACUUCCAGAACCGCUCCACCUCCCCCUGGGAUUACAACAUCACCCGGGACCCCCACCGGUUUCCCUCUGAGAUUGCAGAGGCCCAGUGCAGGCACUCAGGCUGCAUCAAUGCCGAGGGGAAGGAAGACAGCUCCAUGGACUCUGUUCCCGUCCAGCAAGAGUUCCUGGUCCUCCGGAGGGAGUCCCAGGGCUGCUCUCCUUCCUUCUGGCUGGAGAAAGUGAGGGUGACUGUUGGCUGCACCUGCGUCACCCCCAUCGUCCGCUAUGUGCGUGGCCUGAACAUGGCAAGUCAACUCAGCUGA